AUGGGAACCCAGGGAAGCCCUGUGAAGAGCUAUGAUUAUCUGCUCAAGUUCCUGUUGGUAGGAGACAGUGAUGUUGGGAAAGGAGAAAUCCUGGAGAGCCUUCAAGAUGGAGCGUCGGAAUCCCCUUAUGCCUAUAGCAAUGGGCUGGACCUGGCUCUUCACUCUGUGUAUGGUGACCUGGUGUGCAGGAUCACAGCACCGCUCAUGGACACAUCUGGCCAGGGGAGGUUCUGCACCAUUUUCAGAUCCUACUCCAGAGGCGCUCAGGGAAUUCUCUUGGUGUAUGACAUCACUAACCGCUGGUCCUUCGAUGGGAUAGACCGCUGGAUAAAGGAAAUAGACGAGCAUGCUCCAGGUGUCCCCCGGAUUUUGGUUGGAAACAGGCUUCACCUAGCCUUCAAGCGACAGGUGCCCACGGAGCAGGCCCGUUCCUACGCUGAGAAGAACUGCAUGACAUUCUUCGAGGUCAGCCCACUGUGCAACUUCAAUGUGACAGAGUCCUUUACGGAGCUGUCUCGCAUCGUGCUAAUGAGGCAUGGCAUGGAGAAGAUCUGGAGACCUAACAGAGUGUUCAGCUUACAGGACCUCUGCUGCCGUGCAAUAGUCUCCUGCACACCGGUCCACCUCAUUGACAAGCUGCCACUGCCUGUCACCAUCAAGAGCCACUUGAAAUCCUUCUCCAUGGCCAAUGGAAUGAACGCGGUGAUGAUGCACGGCCGGUCAUACUCCUUGGCUAGCAGUGGGGGCGGGAGCAGCAGCAAAGGUAACAGCUUGAAGAGAUCCAAAUCAAUCCGCCCGCCGCAGAGUCCCCCACAGAACUGCUCACGCAACAACUGCAAGAUCUCUUAGCAAGACUGUAAAGCUGUGAGCUCCAAACACACCCACCCACCCACCGAUGUACAGAUGUUUGCACACGUAACCCUUUUCAAUAGGAUCCUUUUGAACGUUCCUGGGUCACUUUUUUGAUGACAUGCGUAGCUUUGGAAAACGAGUUCAGCUUAACGUUCAGACCAUCAUAUCGACUGGAUCCCACAUCGCUAGUAAAGGGGACGGUGCCAAGUGAACCUUCAGGAAUGCUUUGGGAUUUUCCUCAGCCUGGGUGGAAAACUCAGCAGCUGCUGGCAUGGGGGAGGGACAAGCUCGUCCAGUCUUGGCAGAGGAGGGGAUUUAGCGGAAGAUCAAGAGGCUUAGGGGGUGGUCAAGGGAGAAUCUGUGCUGCAACUGUAACUCUUGAACUCCCAGAUGCAUUGCUGGUGCGAUAGUGAACAGUGGACUUCUAAGAAUAAACGGGGCAUAAGAUGAUGGCAAAUUCUACCUGGACUUUAACCUGCCAUUGACAAAAAAGAGGCAAGAGUUGGCCAAUUGGGAAUCUGAAGGAAGCAGUCCUGCUUGCCUUUCACUUAUUUAUAUAAAAAUUAUAUAGCGAGAUCACACUUCUUUUUUUUUAACUUUUUUUUUUUUUUUUCUUUUAAAGAAGCAGUCAGGGAAAAUUUUAUGCAGCCAUGUAAAUAGAAGCAUGGGACCUCUGUUUUGCAGUGCACCAGCUAAGGGGGAGGAAGGGAGAGGGGGAUUUUAAGGUGAGUAUCUACAAACACCUUGGGAGAUUGUACAAACAGGAUUGCUCUGCGUUGGUUUGUUUUAAAUACUAUCUAUGCGAAAGGAGAGAGCGAUUUGUAUGCUACAUUCUGUAUCCUUCCUUUUCUGAACGUUCCUGGUAACAAGG